AGUUAAAAAAAGACUGUUGUAAAUUUUAUGCGUUUAAAUGCUGUGCAGUUUAGCGGCUUGGCYUGGUUACCUCAGGAAAAAACAAAUUAGAUGCGAAGCAACGUCAUCAGACCGCGACACUAAAAGGCUGCUGUUAGCAAACUGCUAGAGGGCUAGUUGCUAUGUCGUAACCAAGUUUUUUGUACCUAUUGGGUGGGUCACAACUGAAUCUAGCUGUGGCUACCAAGGAAAAACACAAAGGUGGGUGCAGCUUUUUCUGAAAAUGGCUGUGUCAGUGCGAGGCCUGUACUUUGUCAUAACUUUAUUUUUGAGUAGUUUCUUUGGGAGUAUCUUCAUGCUGGGACCAUUUUUGCCUCUCUUACUCUUGUCUCCUGCGUGGUACCGCUGGAUCACUGAUCGACUCAUCGCUACCUGGCUCACUCUGCCUGUGUCAUUGCUAGAGCUGGUGUUUGGGGUAAAGGUGGUGAUCACAGGAGAUGGUUUUAUUCCUGGGGAGCGAAGUGUGAUCAUCAUGAACCACCGCACUCGUCUGGACUGGAUGUUUCUUUGGUGCUGUCUCCUCAGGUACAGCUAUCUUCGUCUGGAAAAGAUCUGCCUCAAAGCUGCACUCAAGGCCGUCCCUGGCUUCGGGUGGGCAAUGCAGGUGGCCUGUUUUGUCUUUAUUCAGCGUCGCUGGGAUGUGGACAGAAAACAUUUGGAAAACAUGCUGGACUACUUUUGUGACAUUAGGGAGCCCCUGCAGCUGUUAUUGUUCCCUGAGGGCACGGACCUCACUGAAAACACAAGAGCAAAGAGUGAUGUAUUUGCUGUACAGAACAACUUGCCGAAGAUGGAGUAUGUUCUUCAUCCCCGCACCACUGGGUUCACCUUCAUUGUGGAACGACUACAAAAAGGAGAUAACCUGGAUGCUGUCCAUGAUAUUACUGUGGCAUACCCCAAGAACAUCCCUCAGACAGAACGUCACCUCAUAAUGGGACAGUUCCCUCGUGAAAUCCACUUUCAUGUCCACCGAUAUCCAGUCUCUUCUCUCCCAACCUCAUCCUCUGACUUACAGUCUUGGUGUCAAGAGCGUUGGGCCGAGAAGGAGAUCCGCCUGCGGGACUUCUACUCAGGCCAGCCCCGAGCUUUUGACAGGGACGGUGUGGCACGUGUGCCUCCCUGUAAAUCAGAGCUGCGAGUGGCUCUGAUCAAAGCUGCCUCACUGCUGUACUGGACCAGCAUCAUUGCUCUGUGUUUCACUGGCCUGUGGCUCUGGGCCCCUUUCAGGCUCUACGCUCUAGUCAUGGCUGGAGUGUACAUGGCCCAGCUGAAGCUGUUCGGAGGGCUUGAACUGCUGGAGAUGGCUUGCCAUCGAUAUUGGAAACCCACAGGUGAUGAUGGGGGGUGGCACAACGAGCCAGACUUGGAGUGGAAAACUGGCCCCGAAGUCAACCUAAUCCAGCAAAACCCCGUAAUGCCCACCUCUCCCUUUGUCUGUCUCGAGGACUGGCAUCGAUGCGCCUGCUAAACUCAAUUAGCGAGCGACAGCUGAGAAAGCUACGCACUUAUGCCAAAAAAGGACAGAAAAUGAAACGGUCUGAAGCAGUGCUUCAGCUGUAUUCCUCUAACAUCGCUUAUUGUGUUUUGAAACAAAUCAGUUUGGUAGAAAGUUAUAAUUGUCUCAGUUUCUGUGUAAUGUUUGACUACUUCAGUCUACAUUUGUGGGACUAAUGUCACAAUCCGCCACACAUCAGAAGUGUCUUAAAUACAAAUCAGAAGUUCCUGUUCAAAUAUAAAAAGUCACUGUGAUGCAGCUGCAUGUCAAAGUUUACAUGGUACCACAUCUGUUUCAUCAAACUGUUUAAAAAUGAGCCAUGCAAUUGUCUUUGUGUUGUAUCGGGUUCUUCAACCACAGAUGCUGGACUUCUUUGAGGUCACAGUCCUCAGGUAAACACUGUUUAAAGCACUAUCCAUAAAAAGCUAUAUCAUGUAUAGAUAUCAAUAAAUCUAUUAUCACCUCAU